UGAGAAGAUCCUGUUUCAAUGCUAGAGGACUAGCAUGUGCAAAAUUUAUCACUGGGGCGUCAAGAAUUUCAGUCUUUGCUUCCAAAACAGACUGGCAGUCAGAGGACUCAACGUGGUUGGAGAGGGACUCCACACACUUUCUGCUAGUUUGGUUGAGCUCUGCUUCAAGAGUUUUGGAAUGGAUGUACUUUUCAACUGGGCUGUGUCCCUCAAGAGUGGCAUCUCCUGAUAUGCAAACCAAAACAGUCUCAACAGGUUCGAGAGAUUAACAAGGAUGCUGAGAAUCCAGAGGAACAAAUUACUCCACUUUUACAAACCUAUGUGGACCAGCCUUGAUAAAGGCAAUGCCUUAAACUAAGUGAACACGUGCAACUGGACUGGAGUGCUGGAGUAAUCUGGAUACAAUGAUAUUAACAGCAGUUGUGUACUUUUGGAUGCAAAGUGCUGGAAGCUUGGUAAGUGGGACAACAUGUUGGGGAGAGCAGCUAUCAGGAGCAGGAGCUAACAGCAGCUGUGUGGAUCUGCAGCCUUUCCUGAUUUUUGGCCACGGUAAAUCAAUUCACCGGAUGGGCCUCGAUGGGAGGAACCAUAGAAGGCUCUUUGCUGGUGUGGGAAGCUCAAUCCUGUUGGACUUUCAUUUCAAAGAAGAGAGAUUUUACUGGGCUGACAAGCACACAGGAGUCAUCUACAAAGCAUCGAUGAAAGGAGCACACAGACAGAAACUAUAUUCAUUUGACAAACACAUCUCAGGCCUUGCAGUGGACUGGAUCUGGAACAAAGUGUACUGGACGAGCAGCGAGAAGAGAGCCAUAAAGAAAAUGGAACUUAGUGGCAAAAAUGAAAGAACUAUUUUAAGACAUUUGACCCAACCAGGUUUCAUAAAUGUUGAUCCUACAAAGAGGUUUUUGUUUUGGGUGUCGGGUGGGAUAAAUUCAAGCAUCCAGCGUUCUGACCUCACAGGACAAUUAAAAACAACUUUGAUGAUGAUGCCAAAGCAAAUCAAAGCCCUGACGAUUGACCGACAAGACAAAAGACUGUUCUGGGCUCAGUUUGGUCCACAAGGAGAAAGUGCUAUUGCUUCUUGUGACUACAACGGAAAGGCCCUGCACAUCAUGGACCACUCGCUGCAGUCUCAGUCACUUGGAAUAUCUGUUUUUCUGGAGCACAUGUACUACACUGACUCUGCAUCUAUAAAACACAUAAACAAAUUUUUUGGUGGACAAGCAGCGGACGUCAAUUUGAAAGAACUUGCAAAACCUCCCGUUGAACUCAAGGUGGUCCAUCCCCUCACUCAACCAACCAUAGACCCUUUAUCUCAAAUUUCAGGCUGUGAUGAAGAAAGUGGGAACUGUGAGAAUGUAUGUUCCCAUGCAGAGCGAGGGGUUUGUCGCUGCAGAGAGGGUUUCACUCUCAGUAUGCAUGGCGCCUAUUGUGAAGAUGUAAAUGAAUGUGCUCACUGGAACCACGGCUGCUCUCUUGGUUGUGAAAACAUCCCAGGCUCAUAUUUCUGUACCUGUCCCAAGGGAUACGCCCUCCUAUCAGACAAGAAGACGUGCCGUGAAAUAAAACCAUGUGAAGGCAAUGCAACAAAAUGUGGUCAUGGAUGUCUGGAAACAGAAAAUGGUCCUGUCUGUGUUUGCCCUGAGGGAUCUGUUUUGCAAGAGGAUGGACAAGCAUGCACUGGCUGCUCGUCAGCAGACAGGGGCGGUUGCAGUCAGCUCUGCUCCCCUGUCACCCCUGGUAGGUGGCUGUGUGGAUGCCUGCCUGGCUAUGAGCUCCACCAAGACGACAAACGCUGCACUGCAACUGGGCCACCACCCUUUCUGAUAGUUGCUGAUCUAGUAGAUGUGAGAAGAAUGAAUCCUGAUGGAACAGAAGACCAGAUCUUGGUGAAGGAGCCCAGGGGAACAAUCUUAGCUUUGGAUUAUGAUCCUGUCCUGAAUCAAGUAUACUUUGCUAGUACAAGCCUGAAGACGAUUGAGCGAGUAGAUCUGAACGACGGGGCAAGAGAAGUUCUGAUCUCUGGUGGUUUGGACUCUCCAGAAGGUUUAGCAAUUGACUGGAUCCACCGCAGAAUUUACUGGACGGACAAAGGCCAGUCAACCGUUGACAGCAGUAGUCUGUCUGGACUGCAAAAGGAAACCGUGGUAAGAGAAGGGCUACAGAAGCCAAGAGGAAUCACACUUCAUCCUCAAGCAAAUAAAUUAUUCUGGACAGAUGUAGGAGCUCGGCCCGUAAUAGAAGCUUCCACGCUGGGAGGGAGCAACCGUGCUGUGAUUGCAAGCACAAACCUUGUGUCGCCCACCGGCCUGACCAUUGAUUUUACGGACAGUCGAUUGUUCUGGUGUGACCAGAAGAGUGGUUUGGUAGAGACAGCUGCCUUUGAUGGGUCGGAUCGACGGGUCCUGUUAGAGAACCAAGUAGCUCAUCCUUUUGACCUUGCAGUAUUUGAGGACAGGCUCUGGAUCUCUGAUUGGGAACACCAGCAGCUGAGGAGUGUACACAAGCUCACCGGGAAGAAAUUGCAGCAUAUCCAUGGAAACAUGGUGCAGCCAGCAUCCAUAGUAGUGGUUCAUCCACUUGUUAAACCAGGAUCAGAUGUCUGUCUGCACCUGAACGGAGGCUGUGCUCAGGUGUGUGAGAAUAAACUUGGCUCUGCACACUGCUCCUGUCUGCCACGUUACGUCCUGUCACCUGAUGGGAAAAGUUGCUCACUUGCAGAGGUUUCCGAAGGAACUGCAGAAUCGGGACACAGUGGAACACGUGAUGAGAACGUGCACCUGACAACACCUGGACUGGCAACCAAUGAGGAGGGGACCGGUUUUAAUGCUGAUGGAGGCAGAGAGCCCGACCCCUUCACACACAGGAUGGUUUCAGAGUUGUGCCACACACUCCACUGUGAUGUGAAUGCUCGUUGCCAAAUAAAUGCUGGCAAGCCUCUCUGUUUGUGUCUACACGGUUUUACCGGAGAUGGACAGAACUGCCAGGACAUUGAUGAGUGCCAACUUGGAUUGCACAACUGUGACAAGCAUGCAGAAUGUCAGAACACUGAAGGGAUGUUUCUCUGCAAGUGUCGGACUGGUUACUAUGGCGAUGGGCAGACAUGUGAAGGUUUGGAGACCACAUCACCAUGGGUGACCUCUCAAAGUCCUGUAGAUGAAACCACCCGGCGCCACAACAGUGACUCUGUGGAGAGGUGUCCCUCCAGCCAUGCGGCCUACUGUCUGUACCAGGGCAUCUGCUUUUACUUCCCUGAAAUGGAGUCCUUUGCCUGCAACUGUGUGCCGGGCUACACGGGGGAGCGCUGUCAGUUCAGUGACCUGGAAUGGUUGGAGCUUCAGCGGGCCGAAAAGGAGAAGAGAAGGAAUAUUUUCAUUGCAGGCAACUUGGUGGUGCUCAUUUUCCUACUCUCCAUCAUUGCCUGUGCCACCUACUGUUUCAGAACCAGAACAUGCAUACAUAAGCAGUCCCCCGUGGACAACAUCAGUGAGACUAGUGUGGCAGAGGCCAGCAUGUUGGAGACCACCACUACUAGUAUUCCUCAGUACUGCACCAUGUCAGAAACCAAGAUGGAAGGAAAGACCAUUCCGGUGCUGGGAUGUCCAAGGAGAGCUGCCUGUCCAUCCUGCUCUUCAGAAACAAGCACCAGCCCUUCAUCUGAAGACCCAGGAACGUUGUCCAAACACAACAGAGGGUACGAGUGCUCUAUGGUGUCAGCGGUUGCCACGGAAACCAUACAAAUUGAUUCCAGUCACUCAAAUCCUUCACUGUCAAGCAUCAAUACAGGGAAUUUUUCAUCGUUGGAGCCAGCAACACUCCCCCAAACUUCUGAUCCUGAAGCAUCAGUGUCCUAGCUCCUAGAACAAAAGUAAAACAGCUGUACAUUCUUUUGUACCGUGCCGUAAAUGUAACAUCAGGAUUUUGUUUGAUUUUAUUGAUGAAGACAUAAUACGAAAACUGCUGAGAUAGGAAUUAGUUAUUUCAUGUGAAAAUCCUUUGAGUACGGGUAUAAAGAUUGUGCAAAAAUGUGUUUUAUCUGAUUGGUUUUUGUCCAUCCAUCCAUCCAUCCAUCCAUCCAUCCACCCACCUAUCCGUCCAUCCCUCCGUCUAUCUGUCCAUCCAUCCAUCCAUUUUCCUCCGCUUGUCCGGGGACAGGUUGCAGGGGCAGCAGCCUAGGCAGGGAGGCCCAGACUUCCCUCUUCCCAGCCACUUGGGCCAGCUCCUCUGAGGAAUCCCAAGGUGUUCCCUGACCAGAUGAGAGACAUAAACGUCCUGUCCAUUAAAGUUAUGAAGCUUUUGUUUUUGUUGUAUAGCCCAAGCAGUUUUGCUGAAAAGAGGUAUGUACAUAAAAUGCUUCAUCAUGAUCAGAGUUUAGAUGGUUAUUCUGGUUAGACUCAUCUGAAAGAGAAAAGGACUUUUUCUAGCAAAAAUAGAAAAGGUGUUUAUAAAGAAAUUGAAAAUGUAGAGGUAAAUGUAAAAUCUUGUUUCUCACCUUGCAUCGUGCUCCACACUGACCAGGUAUAGCUGAAAUACGAAGUGAUUUUGCUUUUAUCUUCAUCAGUCUCUUCAGCGUUAAUGACGAAUAUGAAAAAACAUUACUUUGGCCAAGUUUAUAUUUGCUCUUUGGAAUCGCGUGCUCUUUCUAAAAUGUCUAUUUCUGAUGACAUCAUUAAAAGAUCAUUUUGUCCCUUUCUA